AUGCUCGUCGACUUUCAGCCGCCCGCUCCUAGUGACAAGUGCUACAAACUAGUAUGCCGCGCCAACGAUCUUUAUGAGCGUCAUCUCUAUACCGACGCUGCAGCCGAAUAUACAAAAGCCAUUCACCUAUCUGCACACGAGUGUACGAACGAAUUCUUGGCGUUACUUUACUCUAAUCGAAGUGCUUGUUAUUGGCAAGCAAAACACUAUGCUAAUGCGAGGGAUGACGCGAAUCGAGUCUUGGAGUUCUGGCCAACCUGGGCCAAGGUCACACUGAUGAAAUUGCGGCAGUUUGACGAAGCACUUACCUAUUACAAACGAGCUUUGGAAAAGGAUAAUCGAGCCAUGGGCCUGAAUAUUGUGCAAAUAAUGCCAGGACGCGACAUUGCCAUUAAACGCAACUUUCACAAGCCUAUCCAGAACCGUAUCUACGAGUUCGCCCAAGUGAUGCGUAAUAUUAUCUAUAUCGUUGCCGAUCUAGAAACAAAGCAUUGUGUAGUAGUGGAUGCGGCAAGGCAGUGCUGGGAUAUCGAUGGGAUUUUCCAGAUUGUUGAAGAGUACGGCUACCACAUUGUUGCUGCCGCAGUGACGCAUUACCAUUUUGACCAUGUUGGAGGAUCGCCUCCUCCACCCUACGACACCUUACCCAUCAAGAUUGCUGGCCUGGCCAACUUGUUGAAACGAUUACCCUAUAUCAAAGCCUAUGUGAAUCCACACGAUAUACCUUAUAUCCGCCAAGCGAACCCAACGAUUCCAGCGAACCGACUCGCAUCAACGUGUUCAGACGUGACAGAGACACUAGAGAUUGGCAAGACUCGGAUCCGGUUUUUACCGACGCCAGGACACACGCCCGGCUCACAAUCAUUGUUGAUCAACGAUUGUCGGUUAUUAGCGGGAGACACACUACUGUGUGGCUUUUGUGGUCGGACGGAUCUACAUGGCGGUGAUAAAAAGGUCAUGGAACAGACGCUAAGACAUACUCUCGGGCCAUUGGAUGACCGCGUGGUGGUGUAUCCAGGCCAUCACUAUGGCUCAGAAUGGUCGACUGUUGGAAUUGAACGCGACAAAGGUUGUUUGGGAGAUGAUCUUGUUGGUUACGGAACAAACAACAACAUCAUAUCGUCGUCGGCGUCGGCGUCGCAUGGAGCAAGUACACAUCAUGCCAAUGGAUCUUCCACAUCCUUAGCGUCUAAACUGAGUCGCUCGUGGUCAAGGAAUAAGCGAGCAGCAGCAUAA